GUCGUGAACAAGUUGUCUACGCUAUUAGUUUGGUAGCCAACAACGAUCGCUUUUCUUCUUUACUUGACUGAAGUAGAAAAUAUUUUCUUAGAAGGAUUUUUAAUUGAGGUUCAUUUAAUACUAUAAACGUUUUAUCAAAUAAAAUUAUAAAAAAGGAAGCUACAUAUUCUUAUAAUAAAAGAACAUGAGGACCGAAAUACAUGUGUCACCUGUAAUUAAGAUUGCAACUGUGAUAUUGGUUCUCCUUAAUGUCGACGUUUCCUUUCAACAAUGGUAUCAGCGUCCUCUUCCAACCAAUGGUAACUACGAAAGUCCCGAUGAUCAAUUUUCGAUUGUUGACAGCAAUGAUAACCCGAGGGACCGGUUAAAUUGGUUCAAUCGAAAAUAUUCAAGCAGAACAACACAGUAUCCUGGCAGUAAUACAAAGAAAAAUGAAAAUGACGCGAUGCAGAACGACAAUAUUAUCUUCCCGGAUCAAUAUGUACAAGCACCUAAAAAUCGCUUUGGAACAAUAUCCCCUUGCCGUGGGGAAACGUUUUGCGAAGACGAUACGGAUUAUCCCACGGAUGUCGUGAACAGAAUAAUCGAAAAUCAUCAAGAACUUCAAAGUUACCAAAUCGAUGACACAUCCGAGUUUAUUCGUGGAAAGUCAAGCGAUCCUCAAACAAUACAACUAUGUCCGUCUAUCUCGAAACCCAAUUAUCCAAAGAAAGGGAAAUCGACAACAGGUGAAUGGAUGUACAUCGUGAAUACCUCUAAUUUUACGCAGGGAGUAUGGACAGAAACUUGCGUAGAACACGGAAAAGCAUGCAGUUUAGACAAUACCAGCGUCCCCUACGGUUAUGUUACUUCCUGUAAACAAACUUACGUAACUCGUGUACUUAUAGCAGUGGACAAAAGUAAUCGGCCUGUUCCUCAGUCAUUUAAAUUGCCAACAAAUUGUUGUUGCCAUGUUGAGGCCGCCCUUGAUGGCACAAUUGCCGGUUGAGGAUAUAAAAGAAAUUGAUCAUAAAUACAGAAUAACCCUCGAACUAAAUCUACGAAAUAUAUACAAAGAAAUUUGAUUAACUUCUUAAUUUUUUAAUUUUUUAAUGAAUAGGUUUCAUACAUUGGGAAAGAAAUAGUGUACAGUUUUUAGAAUAGAUAUACUGUAUAGUAGGCCUGGGUGACUCAAGGCGCGCACGGCGCAUGCGGCUUUUGUCCCCACUCCUCGGCGACCCCCGUCAUGCACAUGCGCGGCGCAGCUGCAGAGUGAGGAGUUAGUAGUAGGGUAACUGAUAGAUCAGGACAGCGGUAGUCUAACAGAACAGCAGGGAGGAUGUUGCCCAAACCUGCUGUGGGGUAUAAUAUUAAAUUCAAACUGUUUCUGUCUGAAUAGUUCGCCUUUCGAGGGUUAACACGAUGCACUCUAUUUCAGUUUUUUCAUAUUUUAUGAGAAAAAUUUACAAUUACUUGUCACUACAUAUACAUAUAAUUAUGUUUUUAAUACUCUCAAUUAUCCAUCUAUUUCUUCUGUUACCAAUUUUCAGAACAAUAACUUGAAAAUUGUAUUUAAUUCUUUUUUUAGAAUUAUAAUAAAAAAUUUUUGCUGUAGCAUUUAAUUAAUUAUAAUUAUAUAAUAAUAUCGAUACAAAUACAAACCCAGAUGGGCACAAGGACAGAUAAUUACAGAAUGUAAUUUAGUCGAACAUUUGUUUUGCUUUAUGUACGUGUUAGGUUUUUAAACGAGUGAUAUGAAUAACAGGUGUCACACACACAGCCGCGUACGUCAAUAUGAUGGUUAACCGUGAAAAAUUGAUAAGCAUUUUAUCGAAAAUACGAUUCGCAAACAAUUGAAGAUACAAAUGUUUAAUACCAUUAAACUCUGUAUACUAACAAUAAGUAAGAGAUUUCUUCAGAUCGUU